UGCGCGUUGAUGCUAUUUGUUUACUUCUGUUACAUUUUGUGGAGCUCUGAACGGAAGAAUAAUAUUCGACAUGGUUAAAAACAAGAAGGAUUCUGCCGGUAAGAGCGGUUCUGACUCAGAGGCGUCCAACAAAGAAAAUAAAAAGGAAAGAGGACGUGACAAAGAAAAGAAGAAGAGGAACGCAUCUUCUUCAAGUGACAGUUCUCGCAGCAGUUCAUCAAGCAGCAGCUCUCGUUCAUCUAGUGGAUCUUCGAGCUCGAGGAGCUCUUCAUCCUCAUCUGGAACCUCCUCAAGAUCAAGUUCCAGCAGUUCUGGUUCAUCCAGUGGCUCCAGUUCUCCCAGACGAGGACGCAAGCAGAAGCGGAAGGACAGCAAAAGCCGAAGUCACAGUCCUGGGGACAAGAGGAAAUCAGGCACUGUCGCUGACAAGAGCAAGGAAAAAGAAAAGAAGAUUGAAGAAAAGCCCAAGAGCAGACCAAAAUCCAAAUCACGCUCUCGCUCAAGGUCCAGAUCAAGGUCUACCUCUGCUAAGAGAGCUGCAGCAGCAAAACGCAGGCGUUCCCCAACCCCAAAGCCCGUGAAGAUUCAUGUUGGCAAUCUGACGAGGAAUGUGAACAAGGACCAUGUCACUGAAAUCUUCACCACCUUUGGGACAAUCAAAUUCUGCGAUUUUGCUGUUGACCGCCUGAACAACAACAAGGGCUAUUGCUUCAUUGAAUUCAACUCGCCUGAAGAUGCUGAAAAUGCAAUGAAGAACAUGGAUGGUGGGCAGAUAGACGGUCAAGAGAUAACCUGCGCCCCUGUUCUCUCUGUCCAACGGCCACCUGUCAGGAAUCGCCCCCCGAUCAGAAGGUCACCACCACGUCGUUCUCCCCCUAGGUGGAACAGAGGUCCUCAAAGAUUCAGAGGAGGAGGAGGAGGUGGUGGUGGUGGUGGAGGGGGAGGACGUCGCCCGUCGCCUGUCAGGCGCCGAUCCCCAGUCAGGCGGCGUCGUAGCCGAUCUCGCUCACGCAGCCCGGCACGUAGGCGCCGCUUCAGCCGCUCCAGCUCUAGCAGUUCCCGUUAAAAAAACUAUUCUUAAAUUCAAAUAUGUGUCACUUGGUAGCACCUAGAGUGUCAUCUUCAUAUUUGUCACAGUGGUUGCAAUUUGAUGAAGUGAAUGAGUUUUGUCUUUAAGAUUUUCUUUACAUUAUUUAGUUCCAUAGCUUGUAAAACAACUGCCAGCGUAAAAUCUGAUUAGUUGCAAACUGUAUAUACUAGGAAAAAAAUAAAAAUAAAAUGACUAGCAAUUAUGAUGUGAA